UACUGCAACGUUUUGUUACUUCCUGGUUGGCUUCACGUUCCGCCUGCCAGUGUUGAGGGUUGGUAGUGACACGCUGCAACAGGUUGGUUUAUGUCCAUGCUGGAUUUGAUGGUGUAUGCGGUGGCUGCAUAAUGGUUGGUGUUUGGCGGUCUUCUGGUCUCCUUGGCCCAGUUGAUCAUCAGAAGAUGGUCGUAAAGGAGGUUAUCUGAGUCAACAGGAAGCCCAAACUCAUGAGGGCUCGUAGCUGCUCACACAGCUUUCCUCUGAGCUCCCUUGAAGGUAAAUCAAGCUUGUAGGUGACGGUGUUGUUCAGAGGCUGAGUUAUGGGCUGUGGGGGGAGCAGGACUGAUGCUCUGGAACCUCGCUAUCUGGAGAGCUGGACCAAGGAGACGGAAUCCACGUGGCUCACGAGUACCGACACCGACAUCCCGCUGUCAUCCAUCCAGAGCAUCCCGUCUGACAACUCCGAGGUCGGCUUCAUCUCCGAGAAGACCAUCAGCCCAGUUCCAGACUUUUUUGAAGAUGGCCUCCCUCCUCCUGCUCAGGCGUACCUGAAGGUCUGCUCGGCCGUGUCUGAAGCCAGUCUGAACGAUGCAACGCCCAGCAGCCCCUCCUCUAUCUUGUCCUCCCCGAAGCAGGAGGCAGCUUCACCGCCAUCGGGAACCACAGUGCAGCGCAGAAGUGUUCUCCACACAGAGGAAAUCACAAAAUGGCAGGAUAAUCGGAUGUCGACCAAGCAGGUGACCAUUACCGUGACACAGAGCAUCCACCAGGUAGACGAAAACGGAAAAGUGAAGAAGUCCCUCACAACAUAUGAGAUCAUGAAACCUGUGGAGACUCUAAAACAGGUGGCUCCUCAAAACACAUGAAGGCAGGACUGAGUGAGGCUUAACACAACUGUGAAAUGAAUGUGUUUUUUGUAAAGAAAUGUUUGUCUACAGCUUCAUAUUUACAUAUGAAUCACGUGCCAAUUAUAAUGUGUUAUUGUAUGUUUUUACAUGAGAAAAAAAUGUAUUUGGUCAUAAAAAUAAUAAUUUAAUUGUGCCAUAAUAGUAUUUAUAAAAGACAGGGUGAUUAAAAACACUUCUUGCUGCUUUUAUUAAAUAGUGUUCAGUGCUAUCAUUGUAUUUUUUCAUGUUUAUUGUGAAUAUUUAUGUUGGGAAAAUGUUUUACAGUCUGUACGACUCAGGAAAGUGAUGUGAAACCGGCAGCAAUGAUCGAUCAGGCUCACUGCACCUUGUUAUUUUGCACAAAUCAGUUUAUACUUUGUGUUUUUUUCAUCAAAUAAAGCUUUAUGGUCCAACAUGAA